AUGUCCCCACCCUCGCUCACGCCCUAUAUCGAUUCCGGUCUACUGAACCUGCACGACUUCUUCGACGCCGAAGGCAUCCUCCACCCGCUCGCCAUAGGCUCAAUCGCCAUCGUCUUCCUAUUCGGGUGUUUGCGGCUCAGCAGUAAUCGGACGGUAGCGCCUUUGACGAUCUGGGAUGGGAUCUGCAGUGUCGCUCUAGGUUCCACACUAGCCUCCAUCGUCAACGGUCAACAGCUUGUCCGCGGCUUGCUCGGCUUGAUCACGCUGUUGACCUUCCAGUACAUGACGUCAUGGAUUGGAUGCAAGUUCCCCAAGCUCGGCGGCCUCUUCACUAAGCCUCCUCUCAUCGUCGCGUUUCGAGGACAUCUGCUCGAGGGUCUCAUGGAGAAGCACCGGAUCACCAAGGUGGAUAUCUACGGGGCACUGCGGAAGGGCGGAGUGAUGAACAUCUGCGAGGUGGAGUGUGUUGUCGUCGAACCUACCGGUGUCUUCUCCAUCUUCAAGAUCAAGGACAUGCCGAAAGACUACGACGCAGACAUCCUCUUCGCGAUCAAAGGCUAUCGGAACCUUGUCAAGGCCGACGAGGAAGAAAAGGCCAAGCAGAAGAACGAGGGUAUGGGACGAAGUCAGUCCACUCUGGCGGAGCCGGACGAUGGUAAUGGUAUAUCGGAGGGCCGACUGGAGAAGGACAAGCACGGGAUGACGAAGGAGGACAAGAUCGCUCAUGCGGCAGCCUAG